GAAAGAAGAUGGCGACCGUCGUGUUGGCACAUCGUUGCUUCGAAUCAACUUUGUCGUCAUGACAGAAUAUAAGUCACAACUCCGAUAUAUAGAUGAGUAGGAGAUAAAUAAUGGUCCGUUGGCAUUUUCUUAUCACGUAGCAAAAACCGAGAAUGUCAUGGAUAGGCGGAAGUUUAUCAAACCUGACGGGUCAGCUGUCCAACUUGACGAAAGAUAUUUUGACAGAGGGUACCGAAGAAAUUAGUGAUCAUGCUACAGAGCUGAGGAUCGCACAGGAAAAGAUUACAGAGUGCCAAGCUGUUAUAACUGCGCAGAAAAAUGAGAGUGGCCGACUUAAACAGAUCAUUCAUGAACUGGAAGAAAAGGCAGAGUCUUCUGAGCUUCAGAUCAACAGUAUCUCAGCACAAUACAGAGGAGUACUGGAGGAGAAGGAGAAAGAGAUAAAUGCACUGAAACAGUCACAACAGGAAGCUUUCCAGCAUCAGCAACUGUCUACACCAUCAGACUACGGAGGCCACACCGAACAAGCUAACUCCAGUACAGGUUACCAUGGCAGUUUUGUAUCGGACGACCUUGACUUUGGAGACAACAUUGGCAUGCAGCAUGAGAUUAACCGCCUCACACAGGAAGCUCAGCGUCUACGUUCCGAAUGUCAGCACUGGAAAACAGUGGCACAGACCAAUAAUUCAGAAAAGCAAGGUCAGCAGAAUUUGAAUGGGUCAACCUCUGAUGUGCUGGAACUGAAAAAGCAGUUAAAGGAACUAGAAGAUCAGCUCCGUCAUGGCAAGGAGCAGCAGCAACAGGAAGUCGCCUGCGUACAGGAUGUAUACAAACAGAAACUCACUGACCUCCGUAAGAAGUUCAAGGCAGAGGUGGCGGACAAAGAGGACACCAUUCUGGACCUGCAGAAACAACUUCAGUCAUAUGAAAGUUCCGUAACAGAAAAAUCAAUAUCUCCUGAAAAUUUGUCUCAGGAAGCAGAAUCCCUGAAGACUCGAGUAGAAAGUCUGGAGAAAGAGAGAGUAACUCACCUGUCGCAAAUCGAGAAACUCACAGAGCAAGUCAAGCAGCUAGGGGAUGAUCUGGAGACAUCACAGACAAGUCGAGAGAAAGACGUUGUCCAGUUGCAGCAAACUAUCCGAGAUCGAGAGACUGAGGUAGCAGCUCUACGGACAGAGUAUGAGAAGGUGUGCAGCAGUUUGCAUAGCACUAAAUACCAUCUUCUGGACCAGUUGGAUGCAAACCAUGCCCAGGCACUAGAAUUGCUAGGAGAUCUACAGGAAGUCAGAAGAGUCAUUGGCUCUGAGGCAAGGACACACAGACAGAGAGCGGCCAGGGAAAAACAGGAGUUGGUCAAUCAGAUCAUACAGUCUGGUAACAAGCAGCGUAACCUGAAAGACUGUGUGGCAGUUCUUCAAGAGGAGCAGGAUGCUGUUACCACAGAAACCAAUGAGAUGCUAACAGACUUGGGCAGCACAGAAAACCAGAAUCUUACUGCAGGCAUCAUUGACACCAUAGAGCAAGAAAACUUACUUCUGAAGAAGAAGACAAUAGAACAACAAGAGCAGAUAACUCUGUUGGAAAAGGCAUUACAGACUGUGAGUUCAGAAAGACAACGAUCUGACAGUGGAGUGCAGUCUUCCUCGGACCAGGACCAGCUUUCCAUUACGUCUGAAAUGUCCGAACUCUCACAGCGCAACAAACUGCUCGACGAACAGGUAGCCUUGCUACAAAAGCAGAUUGAUCGGUACGAACUGGAUAUUGAACAGUUCGAGGUGGUUAAGUCUGACUGGCAGUCCGAGAAAGAGGCUCUGGAGGAUGUGUUGAUGGAUCUGAGGGAAGAACUGCGUGACAAGGAAAAUUCCCUCAAUAUUCUGCAGGCUCAAAAAGGUUUAGCCGAGGCUGAAAGGAGAGGAAGGAGGGCCCUGGAGGCUACAGAGGCUGAUGAUGAGAGUGUGGAGAACACUUCACCCCCCGAUCCUGUAGAUAGUGACUCCGACCUUGAUAAUAGCUCACUUGACCUUGGCAUGGAGCUUGAAUCGUUUAGUCAUAAAGUGGAGCUACUAACCCAGGCUAAUGCACAGUUGGAAUAUGAGAGAGAUCUCUUAAUCUCAGAAAAGGCUCAUCGUGAAGAUGAAGAAUCUGAAGAGAAAACUGGUGCUAAAUCAGAUGAACUUAUUGCCAUGGAGAAGAUCUUAGCAACCAAGGAUGACCAGAUAGCAGAGAUGACUGUUGACAAUGAAGGUCUGGAGGCCCACAUAAAGGAAUUGACACUUCAGCAUCAGCAGCAUAUAGAAGAGAUGAAGCUGAGAGCUGAGCAGCAGCUCAACACCAGUGUGGAUCAAGUGUCACACCUUCAAGAAGAUCUACAACAGCUGCAACUGGACAAAAAUACCCUGGAGACAAGUCUGGCAGAGUCUGAGAAGACUGCGGGUAGUAUGUCUGCCAUUCAGGAGCAACUAGAUGCCAGUCUUUGUGAGGUGUCACUUCUCAAGACUGAACUCCAGGAAAAGACAGGUCUACUGGCAGAGGCUAAGACGGAAAAGGCUGAACUGGAAACUGGCCUUGAGGAGCUGGAUGCCCAGAACCAGGAGGCUAUGGAUCAACUCAUUCGUAUACGUGAUGACCUUGUCAAACAAUUGGAGCAGGCUCGUACCCAAGGUAACAGUGCUGUCCAUGAGAUGAAAAAUCUCAAACAGCAGCUAGGGGAAAUAAAACACAAGUUAGAAGAAAGUGAGAGAAAGAAUCAAGGACUUCAGCAACAGCUGGACAAUGCUGAAGGUCAAUCAGAGGUCAAAGGGGAGAGUUCAUCAGAAGAGGUUCAGAAUUUAAUCAAAACUAAGGAUGAUCUGAUUGAACUGGUGAAAGAAGUGCGAGGUCAGGUACAGGAAAAAGAGGAAAUUGUUCAGAGGUUAGAGGACCAGUUGGAAGAGGCCGAGUGGCAGACACAGGAGAAAGAGGAGCAGAUAUCCAACCUCCAACAACAGCUAGUGUCCCUUAGGGAGUGGGAAGGCUUGGAUGACCAGUCUGAUGUGUCUGAUUUAGAUCUCAAUGAUCUAAAAGAUAAAAACUUGACUCUUGAAAAUGAUGUGAAGAGGUUAAAACAGUCUUUAGUAGAUCUUCAGCAAAUCUGUGAUAAAAAAGACGAUGAAAUAAAAGAUGUGAGACAGAAGUUACAGAGCGGUGCUUUAGCAGUAAAUAACCUCCAUAUGGACAUAAAAGACCUGGAGGAUAGUCUAAAGAAAAGUGAGAAAACUGUUUCAGAGAAAGUGGAAACAAUUAAGACACUUAAAAAAUCCAAAGUCGAGCUACAAACUAAGCAAAGUGAUCUAGAGGUGAAACUUCAUUCCUUACAACAAUCGUACGAAUCACUCCAGAAAGAGGCUGGAGGAAAUUCCGAAACGGAUAUCCUGAGAGAUCGCCUGAGAGCUACAGAUGAGGAAAUAUCUUCCCUUAAAAUAAACAUAAAAACAUAUAAAGAAAAACUAGAGGAAAAUACAACUGAAAAAGAAAGUCUUCAGCUUCGUAUUCAAGAGUUAAAAGCUAACUUAGAGGAUUCAACUAAGCUUAAUGUAAAUUAUACACAACAGUUAUCUGAAGAUAGAGAUCAAUUUAAGGUAGAAAUUUCAAAAUCAUCUGAGAAAAUUAAAGAUUUAGAACAGAAAAUACAUGCUCUCCAUGAGGAGAGGGAAUCUGAUGGAAAUCACUUUAGUAUAACUCUAAACUCACUUGAGGGCAAGAUCAAAGACUUGGAGGAGUAUAUAGAGGAACUGAAGAAGGAGCGUGAGCUGGACUCGACCUCUCUAGAGGCAGAACAUCAGCGACUUAUGGAGGCCUGUCACAUCAAAGGUGUGGAAACGACCGAACUACAAGGUAAGGUGGAGCACCUUGAAAGUGAGGUAGACCACCUUAGGGAACGGAUGGCGUCAGCAUUGGAAAAGCAAAAACAGCAGUCGGAUCUCCUGGAGGAGAAAGAAAACAACAUCCUGAUACUCAAACAGGAGGUAGAUCAAGCAUUGGAAAGGCAAAAACAGCAAUCGGACCUCCUCAAGGAGAAACAAGCUGAUGCCAUAACGCUCAGUCAGGAGAAAUCCCAACUAGAGGAGGAGCAAGAAGCUUCUAUAGCCAAGAUCAGAGAACAGGAGCUGAUGUUGGAAAAUCUACAUAGUCUAGAGGGGAAUUUACACUCUCUCCAAGAGGAGAACAUUGGCCUCAGGGCAGAGUUAGAGGACUUGUCAAGAGAUAAAAAUGUUGACUCGGGUAUGUUAGAUGUGGUUACUGAUCUUGAAUCUGAACUCAACACAGCCAAACAAAGGGUUGCAGAACUAGAGUUAGAGAUAGCUGAAUAUCAGAAUCAAGUUAAAGUCACUAGUUUUGUGGAAAACGAAUCAGCAUUUACACGCGAGCAAGUAACACAGAUGGAGGAAGAUCUUAUUAUGUUUAAGCAGACUCUUACUUCUCGUGAUGAUAAGAUCAGGGAACUUCAGGAUUUCGUAAUGGAAAAGGACUUGGAAAUCAGCCAACUUAAUAAGCAGGUAAUGGAGACAUCAUAUCUUAAAAACGAUAAUAAGACUUACGGAAAUCGGGAAUAUCCAGAUAAGAGUGAGACAGAGGUUAAUGAGGAUGUCAUGGUGAAAUCUUCGGCCGAGACAGUGACAAUGCAGAAUGGUAGUGUGAAAGAUGAGGAUUGGUUGGAACAGGAAAGCAACGUCGUAGAGGAAAUGGAACAACUACAGCAGGUUAUACACGAGAAGGACAAAGUGAUUCGUGAGUUGCAGCUCAACAACACCUCAUUACUGAAAAUGAUGGAUAACAAGGCGGCAAAGGGGGAGCACAAUGCCAUGGAUGUACACAAACUGGAAAAUGAGGUCAGAGCACUAAAGAUGGAGAGAGAGCAGAUUCUGGCAGUCAUGAACGAGAAGUCACGGGAGUGUAGUAACCAAAAGAGUGAAGUUCAUCGACUGAUGAAUAUCAUAUCAGCAGAGAAAGUUGCUCUAGACAAGCUAACAACAGACAACCAGGAGUUGAAGCAGAAGAAGGACAGUCCUCUUGACGAUAUGCACAAGGAGGCACUACAGAACUUGUCCAGACUCGUCAGGGAUAAGGAUUUGGAAAUAGAGGCUCUAACACAAAAGAAUCAGACUCUGCUUCAGGUCCUGCAGGAGUCCUCUGGAGGAGGCAUGGAAAUCAGCAACCUGAUGCAGGACAAAGAUAAUCUAAUGAAGCAAUUGGCUGCUCUUCAGGCAGAGAGGGAGCAAAUGGUCACUUACCUCAACCAAAAACACCAGGAGAGUCUCGCCUAUCACAACGAGAUCCAGCGUCUUACCAGCUUCAUGAACUCUGAAUCGGAAAAAUAUACACAGAUUCAACAGGACUUUGACAAACUGAAACCACAGUUUGAAGACAAGAAACAGGCCUUACUGAAAAUUCAGAAUGAGUUGAUAAACUACAAGCAGAAAUAUACAGAACUUGAGGUGAAACAUGGAGAGCUUCUGCAGCGGUCUAAUGCUUCCGAGACAGUAGAUCUGUCAUCGUACAACAGUCGGGUAGAGGAGGUGAAGUCUCUACACGAAAAACAUCAGGAAAUGAUAGAGGUGAUAAAAGAUCGGGACAGUAAACUCCAGACACUACAUCAACAGUGUGUGGAGUGGAAGGAGAGCAUCGCGUGCAAGGACACAGAGAUCAGUGGGCUCCGCAAACAACUGGACAGUCUGACAUUCCAGACCCAGGGUCUACAGACAGAGCUUGAGGAUAUCAACUCACAAAAAUUAUCUUUCCAGCAAAAUGCCAGUGAGCAGGCUGCCCAGAUUCAGCUGCUGAAGGAUGCCAAUAGUCAGUUAACAUUAUCACUACAGCAACGGGAAUUUCAGUUAAAGAGUCUGGAAGAAAAGAGCCAGACGUUGACGGCUAUUGUACAGGAUCAACAGAAAGGCACUGACCAACAGGAACAGGUGGACCGCCUCAUACAGGAAAAUGAGGCCAUACUGACCCAGGCCAGGCAGCUGCAGGCUGAACGCGACCAGGCCAUGAUGGUAGUGUCGCAGCACCAACAAGCCAUACUUCAGCUGCAAAGGGAGAUGUCAUCACAGAAGGAAAGAGAAGCAAAGGCAUUAAGGGAGCUGGAGAGACUGAAGGCCCACUUGAUACAGGUGGAAGAAAGUUACACGAAGGAGGCUCUAGAUGCAGAAGAAAGGGAGAAAGAUCUUAGGAACCGACUGGCAGGGGCAGAGGAAUCACUGCUUUCAUCAUCUUCUGCAGUUGAGAAUGCAAGCCAACAAGCCAGUCUACAGGUGGAUAGUCUUCACCAGCAGCUGAUGUCAGCAGCCACACAACGGGACCAGGCCUACUUACAGAUCUCAUCCCUCCAGGAUCAGGUACAACAGUACAGCAUGUCCCUCGCAAAUCUACAGAUGGUCCUCGAGCAGUUUCAGCAAGAAAAGGAAGUUUUAGUGGCCACAGAGGUGGAGCGUUACCAAAGAGAAAAUUCUUCACUGCAGAAUUCAAUGGAACAGUUACAGAAAGAACUAGUCCAGACAAAGGAGAGUCUUUCAGAGGCAGAGGACGGACUAGAAGCAGCUGCUCGUCUGAUGGAACAGUUGGACAGAAAAGAGGAAGCUCUGGCGGCCUUAAAGGAAGAAGUUCAGCUUCGAGAGACUGCAUUGAAGGCAGCGGAGGAUCAAAUAUCUGAACUACGAACCAUCCGCGAGUCUAAAGUCGAAAAGGUUGUAAUCAAGAACCUCUUCCUGGGCUACUUUACGACCCCUAAAGGCCAACAGCAGCAAGUCCUCAAGGCAAUCGGAGGUGUACUUGGUUUCACGCCCACCGACUAUGAAAAGAUAUCAAUUUUGAACAAGAGCUGGAUGCCCGGUUUCCUAAGAUUUGGUGGAGGGACUCCUUCUCCACUCUCCUCACCUGUCCACACACCUCACAGACAAAACACAUCCACACCACGCGCAGAUAAGUCAUUUUCCGAAUUAUUUGUGAAAUUCUUGGAGAAGGAAUCAUCGCCUCCCCCUCCAAGCCUCCGCCUGCCUGCUGAGGAGAUGGUCCUGGAUGUACAGAAACAGAAGGACAAACCAGCCUACAAUCCCUUCACUGCUCCCCGACAUGUGGCCAUGCCAGGCCAGACAGGGACCAGCGCCGCCUCUCACGACUCCCAUAUCCUCAUGUCCUCAGCUCCCAUGUCGCCAACGCUAGCUGUGUUCACACCAGUGACAGCACAUACCACACCCAUAAACACUUCUAGUGAAAUUCUCAAAGAUGUCCUUUCAGCGAGAUAGCGAAGCUACAUGACUAGUGCCAAUUUUUAAACUUUUGAAAGUCUAUAUUGAAGUAUCUCAUCCUGAGAGAAAAUCUUUCAGACACAGGAAUGUCAGAAAUUGUUCAUUGUGGGCAUUGUGGUAAAUAAAUAGAUUUGAAUUGUAUGAAAACAUAUCAAGGUUCUGCUGGCCCUGGUUUCAUUUUUGUUGACAUAAAGUCCUUAACUUGAAUUGUUUUUUUCUUUUUUUGCCAUAGGAAAGAAUUAUCAGAUUUAUGGGGGGGGAAUCUUAGUUUUUAAUAAGGAAAUUCUAUAAAGUUUUCCUGUGGAUAAUUUGAAGUGAAAGAUUUUCCUGAAUUAAGUUAAGGAAUAUUGAUGAACUGGGGCAAGGGUUUUACAGAAAUAAACCUUAAUGUGACUUGAAUCAGUAUGUAGUUGACCGUGAAAUGAUAUGUGAACAAUUUCAUAAUUGUGCAAUGAUUAAAUACACAGGGAUAAUGAAUUAAAUUUUACGUUGUGAAAUGUCCUACAAUUAUUUCCAUUUUAGCUGGGAACAACUUUUAUUGCAUGAAUAAAUGUUUUGUGAAUAUUUGUAAGUUAAUGAGUUUGAAGUGUGAAUGAAGCAUUGUCGAGUAAGGUUGAGUGUUCAUUAUCAAUAUCAUGUACAUGUAUAUAAAAGAUCUAUUUGUAUAUACAAUUUAUGGUAAAUACUGUAUACAAUAUCAUUUCAGUAAGAAGUACAUAUUAAAAGUGAGACAUGGAUAAUUUAUUUAUGAUAUUAAGUAGGUGUACAGGUGUAUAUGACCGUUUAAAUCGGGAAAGAAGUGGGAAUACUGGUAGUGGUUUUAAAGUACACAUCAGGAAGUUCCGAUUUUUCAAUUGUCUAUAGUUUUACAUGGCUAAUCAGAAACAACUUAAGUGCUGAAGAUAGUUCUUUUGAUGGAAGAAAGACUUGUUACAUAAUAUUAAUUUAAAUACCAAAAGUUGGCUGGAUCUACUUUGUCACCUCUUAUUUAUUUUUCCAUUUCAUCUUAAUAUCUUAAUAAUUUAUCAUCUUCAGCCAUUGGUAUUAAAUCAGUUCUUGAUGUAUGACUAAUGAAUUAUAUUUUGCCAUUUGUGUUAUAUCAGUUCUUGAUAUAUCAUCAAUAAAUCACCUUCUGCCAUUGGUACUAAGUCGGCUCUUGUGUAUACAUAUACCAGCACUAAAUUGUAUUGGAGGGUAUGAGAGGGAUACAACUUUGAUAUAUGUCCAGGUUGUAUAAGUGUAUGUAUCAGUAUGAGUUGUACAAUAGUAUGUACAUGUGAUUUUACUUGCUACUGGAAAGAGAUUAUAUAAAAAGGUUAUAAAACAU